AGAGCACCCUGUUAACCAAGGGACUUGGGUCAAUGGUAGUGCCUUAGCAUUCUGGUGUCAUGUGACUAAUUGCACUUCAGUCAGCCACAUCACUCUGUGAAUUGCUUUUCAGAUAAGUGAAGACAUAAAUCUGCCCUAGAAAGGUGUGUUGUAUGUCAAGUUGGGCAGAAGUUACUUCAGCUUGAUUCUGCUGUGUUACAACAGGCAGUCAUGGCGUUUAAUGGUACUUGGAAGGUGGAAAAAAGUGAAAACUAUGAGAAGUUCAUGGAGGUGAUGGGUAUCAAUUUAGUGAAGAGAAAGCUAGGAGCGCAUGACAACCUGAAGCUCACUUUCCAACAAGAGGGAAACAAGUUCACUAUCAAAGAGUCAAGCAAUUUCCGCACCAUAGAUAUAGUGUUCACGCUGGGAGUAGAUUUUGACUACAGUCUAGCUGAUGGAACUGAGCUCCAUGGUAACUGGAACAUAGAAGAUAAUAAACUUGUAGGCACAUUCAGAAGAAAAGAUAAUGGAAAGGAACUUCAGGCUUUCAGAGAAAUCAUAGGAGAUGAACUCGUUCAGACUUACAUCUAUGAAGGUGUCACAGCUAAAAGAAUCUUCAAAAAAGCUUGAACAGGAUUGAAACAUGAUGGAGGAGUUACUAUACACAUGGCAACUGUGCUUUUUACAACAAGCACACAGUAACUCAGUCUGUUAUUCUUUUACGGUAGAAGCGUAACUAAGACCUAUUUAUCUUAUGUCCCAUGUUUACUCAGUGUUACUAAGAGCUGUAAAGAAUACUUAGCUUUCAUAAUGGAAAUCAAUAAACUUGUUUCCUACACUA